AUGGACGCGACUCUGCCGGGCUUGUGCCGACGUCCGCUGCCCCGAUUCCACGACGAAGAUCAUGCUCUAUUGCUGGAACUGCCCGAGCCCCGUGCCAAUAGCAGCCUCGCCAGUGCGGUGACCAUCCCCCUGCGCUUUCGCCUAUUUUGGGAAUCGGCCGAAAUGCUGUUUCGUGCCAACACGGCAGCCACGCGACUCAUCUCAGCCUAUUUUCGCAUGACGGGUCGCUCCUUCAUGCAAGCCGCCCUCGUGCCAUCCAUUCAGGAUGUCUGCAACUCAGUUCCUGUCGACGCUGACGCCAACAAUCAGCUCUCCAGCACCGUCAUUUCGGCAUGCCAGACCAUCGCCGACAUGAUUACUCAAAAUGCCGUGCGCCUCACGGGCUCUAUGCGCAAUCUGCUGGCGCUCAUGUAUCGUUAUGUGGAUGAAAAGUUUCCCGGGCACGGCGUAACCGUCAUCCGUUCCGUCAUUUUUCUACGCCUACUCUGUCCUGCCAUCGUCAAUCCCGUGCAACAUAGCCUCAUUGAUCGAAGCCCCGAGCGGGCUCACUUUCGUUCCUUGACAGCCAUUGCCAAGCUGCUGCAGCAACUCGCCAAUGUGACCGGUGCGUGCGAGCACGCGUGCAUCCGUGACGAGGCUCAGGCUGAGACGACGCUCGAAUCUCACGCGCCUUGCUCGUUGUUGAUCCUCUCAGGGACCACGGACAUCAAGGUACCGGCCUCAGUGGAAACGAAAGCAGCCCGCAAUUUCUUGCUGCAAAAUCGCACUGCCAUGAUGUCAUUUGUGGAAUACUUGGUCGAGGCGGAUGGUGAAGCUAAACUCGAGCCCGAUAAGGCCUGCUUCAACGCCAGCAUGGCCCUUCACAUCGAACCUGCACUUUGGGUAUGCAGUGCCUGUCGCUUGGUCAACCGAGAGGCCUCUUUCCGUGAUUGUGAUUGCACGAUCGCCUCACUCCUGCCUCAAUGCCCUUUUGCUAUGGCGUAUGCUGUCCGUCAUCCAGGCUGCAUCGGCGACAAUGUUUUCGAUGUCAUCACCCCUGGAUCAAUCAACCAAGCCGACGCUCGUAUCAUGGGAGUCGGACUGAGCUUUGUUCGCCACGCUUUGUUGGACACGCUGCCCACCAUCCCUGGCGAUGCGCUGCGCUUCCUGGUCGAUGUCCUCUCUCACGACGGCAAGGCAGCAGGCGAGGUAGCGGGAUCACCGGCCUUGGCUCACGCUCGCCAAGCCUUGGUUGUGCUCCGAUCUUACUUGAUCAUGAUGCUGGCCAAGCCUGCUCGUCGUAUGCUGCACCAUCCGCGCGUCCUCAGUAACGGAUCAAGUCGGAAUCCCUCCAGCGGCGCAGUGCCCACCUCGGAUCUUCUCUCGGACUCGGCUGCCACCGUUACCGAUGCCCCAUCUGCGACCCCAACAGCGAUGGGUCGACCCUCGCCUUCUCCACGUGCCUUGAGGGAGGUCGGAGAAGCUGUUGGAAGCACGGACGGGGGAGAGACGGAUGCCUCCGACUCGUUGGGUGAUAGCGGCUCAACUUCACCUCGCACAACUCCCGUGGUGGCUUGGCUGGAGCGCGUGGCGGCGAGCUUGCGCGCAGACCCCAUUGUCUCGACCAGUGUGGCAUGUCUUGGCUCGCAAACCGGUCUCAGCACGGCAUCCUGGUUACGUCUCAUGGCUCAGCAGGCGGCUCUAGCUCAAAUCGAGCUGGAACAGGCGCGCCUGGUCAAGGCCUGCGGUUGGGUACCGCCAGUUGUCUCCCCCCCGGUCAGUCGCGGGCCACGGAGUCCUUCGGCGGGGUUCAACACAGGUGGCAACGGCAGCGAGGGAGCUGUGCCUUCUUCACAGGCUGUGAGCGAUGAUGAAGCCGAUGCGAUGGAGGACGAUGACGUGAGCGGCACCGAGUCAGACUUUUUGUCUGAGGGAACGCGAUCGCCCUUUACCAGUCGCGGCCCCACCCGGGCGCCUUCGCGCAUGGGCUCAAGCAAGGCUGCACGCGGUGGUGCGGCAGUCUCGGAGUUGCAAAAGUUUCGGGUGGUGCUGCAUGGUGAAGCGGUGCGGGCCUGGUUGGCUGAAGUGGAUCAGUCUUCCGAGCCCAUGGCGCUAGCUCCGCCCAUGGCGGCGUGGGGUGUUGCGCAGCGCGAGAUGCUGCGCACGACGCAGCGCCCGGGCUGGGGCCGAUUGGAGCAGCGUUACACGAUGAACAUUCGUCAAGGCAUAUUGCAAGAAUUUCAUGACGUGUGUACUUGCCUACCUGAGCAAGCCAUUGCUGAGACGCUCGCCCACACCGACGUGGCACGUCUGCACAUUGUCUUGCAAUAUUUAGCGCCUGAUGGGCGAUUGAG